UUAGCAAAUUCAAAAUGUGGUUGAACAAGAAUAGAUAAAAAAAAGAGAAGUUUGAUAUAAGGACGUCGAAGACGUUGUUUUUACUUCAAAUGUAUCUUGCAAAAUUUCGUGGUAUCGUAUAAUUAGAAAUUUUGCAAAAAUUAUUUUUUUGGGAUGCAAGCAGCGUAGACGACUCCGCUAUUUGGAUGGAUGGCCGCUCUGGUUAUGAAUUUGAAUACUUUCUUUCCUCAUUUUUCACCUAACAUAUUAAUGCACGACUUUUCGAUCAAUGGAAUUCAUUGAAAUACUGUAGUAAGAAAUAUUUUUCAUAGAACCAUUAUUAUUUUCGAAGGAAAAUUCAACACAGUUAUCUAAAACAAUAUUUCAGUACAGAUGAAAAAUGAUAGGAAGAAUAGAAAACGAUACUGAAUUUUCCUAGUUUGAUAGAGAUCACGGAAAGAAAAAAAAUGUUAAGAAUCAUCUCCUGCAAAACUAUAAAGUUUGAAUAUGAUGGUCGUUCAGUUGUACAUUUCAUUGCUCGUGUAACGAAUUUGUAACAUGAAAAUGAAAUUACGCCUCGAAUAAAGUGGAUAAUUGCAGUUUUUUAAAGACAAUAUAAACACGAAUUUGUGGCGUAAGUAUUCCAAGGAACUGCUAUGAUUCAAUUGAAAAAUUAAAUUAAUUCAGGGGAAAAUUCCCGCGCUCCUUCAGGAACUCCUAUAUGAUUCAUCCAAUGUUUUGAAAUGGUAAUUAUGUGAUUGUAUAUUAUUACGUUGAAGCAAGAACUGUUUCCGAAGUAUAGAACGAGUCCGAGUAGCAAUACGAUUAUAGAUCGAUUCCCCUUAUUGGUAAAAUAAAAAAAAUUUAGAGUAGGGAAUAUUAUUAGAAAAGACGAUAUGAAUUUUACACGAAGGCUUAUUUUCUUCCGAAUAAUUCUAAUUAACCCAAAUUCAACUAUUCCAAAUGGAAAUUGAAAAGAAAAUAUUGAGACCCAAAAUUGAAAUUUCAAUUACUGAAUAACCAGUUGAGCUAGGCAGUAUUUUAAGGCAAGCCAUUUUCCGAAAUAAAUCUAAUCGAAAUAUAAAUUGGAGAAGUAGUGCUAUCGAUUGAACGAUAUUCCUGGAGGUGCUUGAAUUUUUCUUGAAACUUAUCAUGGGUUUUCCCCAACCUUCGAAACACAAGGAAUAAAAGUGAGAAAUUGUUUGUAGGAAAUGCUUCUGCGUUAAAUGAUUUACACAAUCUGUCAAAAACAGUGUUAUUAGAGCGAAUAGCAUAAACCCUUUAUAUAAACCAUUUUUCAUCUUGUUAUUAUAAAUGUUUCCCUGUGUUUCAGAUAUUUGGAGUCGAAAUCCAUAUCAAGAAAAAAAAAUAGUUCGUGUUCAGUUUAACUAGUCAUUGAAGUUCAUUUUUUCUAAAAAUGUACUUCUGGCAGCGAAAACGUAAAAAAUUGAAAGCUUUCGUGGUUUCACAAAACGACAAGUAAUCUGUUCAGUCAUUUUCGCGAAAUCUUUCCACUGUUAAUCGAUAAACCGAGAUAUAAAAAUGGAGCACCAACUAACAACGACUUCACCACAAAUUCGAAGGAUGGAAAUUGAGGAAUAAUAAACAAAAAAUAAUUUUCAGCGUUUCGAGUCUCAAAAUAUGUCAGGAGCUGUGUUGAUACUGAGAAAAGUAAAGGCAUUUUCUACAAUUUCUUGUGUUUUUCCUGUGUUUCAGUUGCUGGGAGUGAAACUUGACUUGACUUGAACACGAGAGUUGAAAAUUGAGAUGUGAAACAGUGAAACAAUUAUUGAUGUCCAAAGUAUAUAAUGCCUUUUUGUUAAUAACGUAAUGGAAGUGUUAAUAUGUAUUAUUCACAAAUUACAUAAAAUUCAAAAAAGUAAAAUGACUCAAUGUGUACAAAGUUAUCAACAUAUUUUCGAAAUAUCGUUUCAAUCCGGAAAAAAUCUAUUUGCCACGAAAACGCAGCUCGCAAUGCCCCAAGAGGAGAUAACAUUGGUUAAAAAAAAUAUCCAGAAACAAUUAAGGGUGAUGUGUGGAAUUCGCAAAGACUUUUCAGUUCACGAGAUGCAGAAUGACAAGGAAUAAUUCAGCGAUCCCACGAAAUCCCACAUUGAACGGGAGACACGCACAGGCUAGUUUUUUCUUCUAAUGAGCAUUAGGGUAAUAAAUGAAAAGUUUGAAGAAAUUAUCGAUCAGAAUUUGGAUUCGUCAUCCCGCCUACGUGUUGAACCUAACAAACUGGCUCCAAGAAUUUCCCACCCCACGGUUGCAGCAAAGGGUUCCGAGUUGUGGAUUCCUAAAAGUGGGUCUCCUCUAGGUCGGUAUAAAAGUGUGCACGAGGACCGUGUGGCGAGUUGAAAUGUUGAAACCGAGCACGCCGCGUCCGUAAACUUGUCGAGCCGCGACAGCGCAAAGAUCGGCGACUGAGCGCUGACAGAAUACUCCGAGAGUGCACAAAACCACGUUGUUUUCGUUCUGUUUUUGUUGGCCGUACCUGGACCGGAGCAUCCGUUCACUGAUGCCCGCUGCAUCACCUGGCUAUGGGCUAUCAGUUUCUUCUUGAGCCAGCCGCUUGGACGUUUUUUCUGUGUCUCCUCCAGACCUUCUCCUCGGGGUCUGGCAACUUCUUGCAGGACCUAGGCUUGGGAGCGCUUCCCGAUAUUGCCAAGAUCAACGUGAGCCAAGAUGAGUAUAAGCAGAUGAUGGAAGUUUACCUAUCUACACGUCGAUCGUCACCCAGUAACAAUCAUGUCCCGCACCUUGUAACACUUGAUGUAGGUCAUCACUUCCGGGACACUUCUAGAAGAAAUAUGAUCGAUCUACGAGCCAACAACCUCCCCGGCGAGCUGGAAGUAGACAGUGGCGAAUUGAAGCUGCUGAUCGACCCCGUAUCGCCCUCAGAUCCUGACGUCGUCCACGUCCGACUGUACGAAACGUUCGGUCCCAAACAGAGACAGUUCAUAGACGAGAAAAAGUUAUACCUAUCGCGCAAUCAGACGAAAUGGUGCGAAUUCGAUCUGACCGAUUCUGCGCAAUGGUGGCUUAACGAUAAGAUCAACUCCAAACUGGAGCUGGUAUGUUCGAACUGUAAGGGUGGUGCAUUGAGUGUGCGCGAGGCCUUCGUGAACGCUUUAGUUUUCCGGGAAGCCGUCAGAAUGAAGAGGUCCGUGUCGCCGUUCGAUCAGACCCGUCGAACAGACUGUAGAUAUACGGGCGGCGGCAGCCACAGGAUGAAGUGUUGUAGACAUAAUAUGACCGUUACGUUCAAAGACUUGAGAUUUCCAGAGAUGGCGUCCAUCGUCCAGCCAAAAUCGUACGAGGCUGGUUAUUGUCAGGGAAGAUGCCCACCGAAUUAUAACUACGCAACAAACCAUUCCCGAAUACAAACUCUGGUCCAUCAGAUGGAUAAAAAAGUUGCCAAGCAGAUGAGUCGAAGGGCCAUUCCUAAGGCUUGCUGUUCGCCCUCCAAACUGGCCCCUCUGGAGAUCAUCAGAGUGGACCCUUACAACACCUCCAAGCUGAUCGUGGAAAAAUGGGAGAAUAUGCAAGUGACAGAAUGUGCUUGUUCGUAGCUUCUGUUGAAGACAUCCUAAUACGGGUUGAAUUUAGAUUCUAUUAAGUUAUAUAUGUUCUGUUUUACUGUGAUAUUAUACUGUAGGUUCAUCUGUUAACGAUUUAUAUUUUUUGUAUUCAGAUUUUAAUGUAAAUAUCGAAGCUUCACCAAAGUUAAAUUAUAACGUGUGAUUUGAU